AUGGUAGCGCCCUGUACGUGUUGGUGAGAAGUGGAAUUGAAAGUAAAUGUAAGGAGGUAAGGAACUAUAAACAUGCGGACCAACGUUCAGAUAUUGGCAGAUGGCAGAUAUUUACAACGAUAGGAAACUCAGAGUGAUGGCAGAUGUUAGUGGCAGCCCCAUGGCUGAUGUACCACCCUCAAAAGAGGAGAAGCCCGAUGGCCUCCCCCAGGACUCCAGCAACGAUGACGAAAAGUCUGAUGCCAGAGCUGAAGAUGACAGUGAGGCAACCUCUGACCCCAGCAUGUACCGCUACAUCAAAGAGGACCUCUUCACAUCUGAGAUCUACAAAGUGGAGAUCAGGAAUCUGCCCAAGUUCAUUGGCUUCAACGACCUGAAGAAGUUCCUGGCCAAGCACAGCCUCAACCCACACAAAAUCAAGCUGUUUGGCAAGCAGACGUUUGCUUUCGUCACCUUUAAGAACGAGGAGGAGCGCGACAAGGCCAUGAAGAUGGUGCAUGGCAUGCAGUGGAAGGGCCAGGUGCUGAGCGUCAAGCUGGCCAAACCCAAAGCAGACCCCAUCCUGCGGAAGAGGAAGCAGGAGGAGGGAGAGGGCGCAGGAGGGCAGCCCCCAACCAAGCGAGCAGACGGGGAUGAGGAAGAGGAGCCGCUCAGUGUCCAGAUAGCCAACGUGGUGACUCCUCUGUGGAAUGUGCCUUAUGAGGAGCAGCUGAGGAGGAAGGAGCAGGAGGUGGUGGGGGUUCUGCAGAGGCUGGCCAAAGAGAUCGGAAGCACCAACAAAGCCCUGCUGCCAUGGCUGUUUGCACAGAAAGGGAAAUACAACAAAAUGUGUUGUCCCCUGGAAGCUAUUCAACCAUCCCCUACACAGACAGAGUACAGAAACAAGUGCGAGUUCCUCAUCUCAGUGGGUGCGGAUGGUGAGGACAAGACCAUCGGUUUCCGCCUGGGGAAAUACAAAGGAGGUUCCUGUGCUGUGGUGGGGCCUGCUGAGACCUGCCAUGUCUCAGCCGAGGCCAAGAGAGUGGUCGGCGAGUUUCAGAAGUUCAUCAGGACAACACCGUACUCUGUGUACAGUCCUGAGACAUAUGAAGGACACUGGAAGCAGCUGACUGUACGGACUACGAGGACCAAACAAGCCAUGGCUGUGGUGUUCUUCAACCCACAGAAACUUGAAGAGGAGGAGCUAAACACUCUUAAGAGCUCCAUGAGGGAGUACUUUACAGAAGGAGAGGGGAAAGACAGUGGCGUGACCUCUCUUUACUUUGUCAGAGAGGGUCAAAGGAAAUCUCCUAACCCAGAGGACUUGCCCUGUGAGCUGGUGGCUGGAGAGAGCUGCAUUCAUGAAGAACUGCUGGGUCUAAAAUUCAGAAUAUCCCCUCAUUCCUUCUUCCAGGUGAAUACAGGAGCUGCAGAGGUGCUGUACUCUGCUGUGGGCGAAUGGGCCCAGCUGGAUCAGGACAGCACAGUAUUGGAUGUGUGCUGUGGGACAGGAACCAUUGGCAUCUCUCUGGCUAAGAGGGUAAAGAAAGUGAUUGGGAUCGAGCUGUGUCAGGAAGCAGUGGAGGAUGCCAAAGUUAAUGCAAAGCUCAAUGGUCUAAGUAAUGUUGAGUUUCACUGUGGAAAAGCUGAGGAUGUGUUCCCCAACAUUCUCAGUGCUCUUGUGUCGCGCAGUGUCACAGCCAUUGUGGAUCCGCCGAGGGCAGGCCUACAUUCCAAGGUGAUACUUGCUAUCAGGAGAGCAGAGCACCUGAAGAGGCUGGUUUAUGUGGCAUGCAAUGCAAAGGCAGCCAUGAACAACUUCAUUGAUCUGUGCAGAGCGCCAUCCAACAGAGUUCACGGAGCCCCGUUCCGUCCAGUGCGAGCCAUGGCCGUGGAUCUUUUCCCUCAGACCAUGCACGUUGAGAUGCUUCUCCUGCUGGAGAGAGUGGACUACAACUCCCAGCAGCAGCAGCAGGCCAGCAGCAAUCAGGAAGAGACAGGUUCUCAGCCUUAGAAAUGGACCCUCUACAGUUUGAUAGGUAGCAUGGGCUUUUCCACACUAGCAACGUACACACACAAGUAUUCCAAGGAACCUUGGCAAGAUUUUCAUCAUCUGCAAGGUCUUACACACUGAGACGGUCAGUUCAUCCAAACAGCCUAAUAUUAAUAAACUCUUAGUGUUACUAUAGUAUGUUUUGGACUGUAUUUGCAUAACUGAGCUUUACGGACUGUACCUUUGCCUGCUGCCUUUUAGAGCAUUUUUGUUGGAUAUGUCUUAAGACCAUAAAGCUACCUAGAUUUAAAUGGAGGUUUUUGUUUCAAACUCUGAUGCUUUGUUCAACUAUUACUACUACUUUUUCAUCGUUCAGUGGCUGAAUAAAACAAAUCCCCUAUA